AUGAAUCCCGCGAAUUAUCAGCCUCCCUUCCACUGGUCUCCGAUGCUACCUCCGGAUCCACCUCGUCAUGGUCUGUUCUGGAAUACAACGAACAUAAGCAAUCAGCUCAAACAGCUCCAAGAUACGCUUCACCUCGCAAAAUCAAUGGAGAAGGAAUUGGAUGCAUUGAGGAUGAUAAAAGAUGGUAAAGAUUCAAUGGGGAGUGUGGAAGAAGAAGGGUCAGGAGUAGAGUGUUUGAGAUAUAUAGAAAGUGUGAAGAUUAAUUUGGAAGAGCAGGAGAAGCUUUCAGUUGAAGCUGCUAACUACUUGAUGUCUACAUUGAGAGCACAGCUUGAGCCUUUUAGGUUUGUUGUUGACGAGAAUUCUCCAUGGGAGGAGAAAUCUGCUGCGGUUAGGUUGAGUUGUAGGAUGAAGAAGUCUAAAAGGAAUAAGCUUUGGAAGAAGAAGAAGAGACGGUGUGUUGCGGAGAUGCGUGCUAAGGUGGGGUUUGAAAGCUCUGUUUUAGGUUAUGUAGCAAUGUUUGAGUUGUUGAUUCUAUCUUUUUUGAUCAUACAGGAGCCUGAAAGAUUUGAACAAGCGGAUCGAGAGGCUGAUGAGUGGAGGGAAAAGGAAAUGGCCAAGGACAUGGCAAACAGAAAGGUCGAUGAGAUGAAGGCAAUUGAGAAGGUCAAGGCGAAACGAGAGCGAAGGAGACUAGAACCCGAGCUUGAACUAGCUCUAAUAGUUGAGGAAAUGAAAGAGUUACGUUCGCUGAGAAUCGAAAAACUAAAGAAGCAAGGUCAUUUUCUUCCGGAGGAAGAUGACAAGUUCUUCGAGAGUGUUCGUGCUGCUGUGGAGCAAGAGGAGAACCAAGCUCAGUCCGUGACCAACACAGAGGCCGAAGAGAAUGUCCUUGCCUCCGAGGAAGACAUUUCUCAGACCACCACUAACAAAAUCAUCAACAAAGACAAGGAUAAAGAAAGCAAUACUGUCGCAACAGCGUCUUGUGAAAAGCCGAUAGAAGCUCCUCCUGACAGUGGUAUCGACAAUGUAUCAAAUUUACCAGUCGAGUGUUAUCACUACUACUACGGAAGCAAUUUGGACAUGGGUAGGCUUAUUGAGAUUAGAAGAGAAUGGGAUGCAUAUCUGAGUCCCGGAGGAAGCCGGAUUCCGGGACAUUUGGUGCAGCCGUCACCACCAGCCAAUGAGAUUUGGGCUUCAUGUCUGGUUAAAACUCCCCAAGAGUGA